UUCAUCCAUUUAUGGUUAUUUCAUAUUUUGGUCUAAGGCUAUCUUUGUUCCAACGACAGCACUUCAUCUUUGAUCUUUCCAAGACUCAUUUAAUAUCGUAGUUUGUAUUAUUUAUAUCUCAUAAACUCCCAUUUUCACGUUCCAGAAUUCUCUUAUUUUGCUCUCUGCACGUCGCCGGCAUCGCCCCUGCCGGCUGCGCCUCCUCUAUCUCUUUAUCGACGACGUCGUUUACAUCUCCCUCAAGUUUAUAUCUAUCACUUAUUAGGAUUCUCUUAUUCUUAUAAGUUUUUAUUUUCGUUUUUUUUGUCCUUCAAUCUUUUAUUGGCUUUCGGGUCUGAAGCUGCAGUCGAGCAGUGCGAUUCGAAUCGGUUUUGAAGAAUUGAAGUUCUGGAGAUACUUGAAGGCGUAUAAGUUUGUCUGACUUACUGGCUUGUGUUCUAUACUAAUAGAGCCUCACAAUCUUGUGGGGUUCUUAAACUCUGGUUCUAAAGUUAUGAUAGAGUUUUUUAGAAUUGGGUGAUCUGAGAAAAUCCAAGUGUCAUAAGAUGUACGCUGUAGGGAGGCUAGGCAGCUAUAUCACCCAAGGUGUAUACACUGUAUCUGGCCCCUUUCACCCUUUUGGUGGAGCUGUGGAUAUCAUUGUGGUCGAGCAGCCAGAUGGGAGCUUCAAGUCGUCUCCUUGGUAUGUUCGGUUUGGGAAAUUUCAAGGGGUUUUGAAGGCAAGAGAAAAGGUGGUUACAAUUGUCGUUAAUGGAAUUGAAACGAAUAUCCAUAUGUAUCUUGAUCCAAGAGGAGAAGCAUACUUUCUCCGGGAAUCAGAAAGACAAGAAGGUGAAUCUGUAUCAUAUCUUUUUUCUUCAAGUGAUGAAAUGGAUGAGCAAUCGCAGGAAAGUAGGAGGCCAAUGAAGUCCAAGAGUUGCAAUUAUGAUGUCAGUAAUUCAAAUUCAGGUGACCUGGUUAACGCAAGUAAUAUGGAGAUUGUGACUCGGACUAGUUCUCAACAGUUAAGGAUAUCUGGGCUGGUUUCGGAACUGAGGUCAAUGGAGAAGGUUGGUUAUCAAGAGGGAGGUCAUGGUGCUGGAGUGGUAAGGAUAAGCUCACUGGAGCGUGCAGAGAUUGCAGCCGACCUUGUUGAAAAUUUCAUGUUAAAUGAGAGUGAUCUGGAAGAAAAAUUGGUGGAGAUAUCUGAAAUAUCAGGGAACAUUGAUGGUCCUAGUUCACAAAAUGCCGACCAGAAUAAGGAUGUAGAGGAUGUAACUCCAGAGGUCCCUUCUGAUUCAGAAAUUUCAAAUGAAAUUGGAGCCUUUCCUGGCGAGAAGUUGGAUGACAAACAGGCUUCUGAUGAAAGAAGAAUUGUGUUGCCAGGUCUCGGUGUUUCUGAGGAGGAGAGUGGAUCCAGUAGAACACAGUCCUAUAUUUAUUCUGAGACAUCUGAAAGUUCAAUUAUGCGGUUUUAUAGUUCAAAAGAACAAACAGAAAAUGCAGAUGAGCUUAGAGCUUUUCCUGAAGAGAAGUUGGAUAAAAAACAAGCCUCUGAUGAAAGAGAGGAUACAUUGCCAAGUGCCGGUGUUUCUGAGGAGGAGAGUGGAUCCAGUAGAACACGGUCCUAUAUUUAUUCUGAGACAUCUGAAAGUUCAAUUGUGCGGUUUUAUGGUUCAAAAGAACAAACAGAAAAUGCAGAAGAGCUUAGGGCUUUUCCUGAAGAGAAGUUGGAUGAAAAACAAGCCUCUGAUGAAAGAGAGGAUGUGUUGCCAGGUUUUAAUAUUUCUGCUGAGAAGAGUAGAUGCAGUGAUGUUCAGUCCUUCAUUUACUGUGAGACAUCUGAAAGUUCAUUGAGGGGGUUGGAUGGUUCAAAAGAACAGCCAGAAAUGGAAAAUGUACUUGGAGCCUUUUCUGGUGAGAAGUUGGAUGGGGAACAGGCUUCUGAAGGAAGAGAAGUUGUGUUGCCAGGUUUUGGUGUUUCUCAGGAGGAGAGUGGAUCCAGUAACGUGCAGUCCUUCAUUUAUUGUGAGACAUCUGAAAGUCCAGUAAUGGGGUUGGAUGGUUCAAAAGAAGAAUCAGAAAUUGCAGAUGUGCUGGGUCUCUUUCCUCUUGAGGAAUUGGAUGAACAACAGGCUCCUGAUGGAAGAGAAGUUGUGUUGCCGGGUUUUGGUGUUUCUGAGGAGAGUGGAUCCAGUAAUGUUAGGUCCUCCAUUUGUUGUGAGACAUCUGAAAAUCCACUAAUGCGGUUGGAUAGUUCAAAACAAGAAUCAGAAAUAACAGAUGUGCCAGGAGCCUCUCCUGGCGAGAAGUUGGAUGAGAAACAGGCUUCUGAUGGAAGAGAAGUUGUGUUGCCAAAUUUUGGUGUUUCUGAGGAGGAGAGUGGAUCCAACAAUGUUCUGUCCUCCGUUUAUGGUGAGACACCUGAAAGUUCAAUGACACUGUUGGGUGGUUCAAAAGAACAAUCAGAAAUUGCAGAUGUGCUUGGAGCCUUUCCUGUUGAGAAGCUGGAUGAAAAACACGCUUCUGAUGAAAGAGAAUUUCUGUUGCCAGGUUUUGGUUUUUCUUGUGAGGAGAGUGGAUCAAGUAACAUUAUGUCUAUUUAUCCUGAGACAUCUGAUAGUUCAAAAAUGCGGUUGGAUGGUUCAAAACUACAAUCUGAGGAAACACUGUGCCUUUCUAGUGGAGGACCUGGGGAAAUUCAUUUUGGUGGUGAAACUUUGCAUGUGACAACUGAGUUGCUGGUUGAGGAUACAGUUAAAAGGCCAGCUGAGGAUAUAGAGUUGGAAAGAGAAGAGAUCGACUCUCUGGAUGUUUAUUCUCAACUACCAAAUCCAUCGUCUACUUCCAUACAUGGCAAUGGUGAGGUAAACUUUAAAGUGUCAUUAACAGGGUCAACAUCCUAUGCUCAAAUUGUCUAUGCUGACGCUGGACCUGGUUCAGUUGAAUUAGAGUCAAAGGGCGUUACCUCCAAUUCCAGUUUUGGAAACUCAGUCAAUCCAAUUCCAGAUGAAAUGAAUAUGGGGAAUAAAAUUACAAGGUGUGAACUCCAGCCUUCUCUGGAUUCAGUUGUUGACUCGGAACAACUUAAUGAUGAAGAUGGCCCAACAAAAGCAGUUGCUAUUCCAGUGUCGGAAAGUUCAGAGGAUGAACAAUUCUUCUUCAGUGAUAUUGAUGACUUUGAACAAAGAGAAACUCAGGGCGAAUCAAAUUUUCCAGAUACUGUCAAUGAAGAGUCAGAUUUUCCAGAGGCUGUUGAUGAAGAAAGUUGUCCCUCUAUUUCUCCAGAAAGGAUUGGCAUGCGGAAUGGGCCACUGAAUACUAAUGAUGAAUCUCAUUCCUCUCCAGACAGCUUUCAAAAGAAUGGAUUAGGCGAUUUCGGAAACUUUAAUGAAAAUUUGAAGUUAACAUCAAGUCCUAUUGAUAUUUCUAAACGUCAUAGUAUUGCUAGUGCAGAAGAUGGCCGUUUGACAGAAUCAUUACCCGAUUUGUGGUCUCACAUGGAUGAUCUGGACACUGAGGACCUCCAUCACCCUCUCAGCCAUUCACUGGACUUGAAUUCUGAAUCCUUGGAGUGGGAAUUGCAUGACAAGAAUGAGUCACAGUGUGCAAAUUCAGAUUCAGGCAAUGAAAAUAUGUCAGCACAGGAUUUUUCCAAUAAGGAAGAUGCUAAUCAUUUGGAAGAUAUCAAAAAUGGGGUCAGCAGUCCUGCUGUUGGUAAGAGUACUUGCAAAAAUGGAGUCAGCAGUCCUGUUGUUGGGGAUUCAUCAAAAGCAGUUGUUACCAGUGGUGGAAGCUGGAGACUUUGGCCUUUCCCUUUUAGAAGAUCAAGGUCUAGGAAGACUGUGCAGCCAACUGUAAAUGAUACCAGAGUUGCUGAUGUUGACAAUGUUACUGACCGGAACCUUUGCACCGAUGAUGAUAAAAAUGUGCUUGAAAUCAAGAACUCGAAAAAGAUGGUAAAGGCAAUGACUCCAACAUCUGAAGAACUGGCAUCCUUGAAUCUGAAGGAAGGGAGUAAUUCAGUAACAUUCACAUUCUCCACUUCAAUGCUGGGGAAGCAGAAGGUUGAUGCUAGAAUUUAUUUGUGGAAAUGGAAUACUCGGAUAGUGAUCUCAGAUGUUGAUGGGACAAUAACAAAAUCAGAUGUUCUAGGCCAGUUCAUGCCCUUGGUUGGGGUAGAUUGGUCACAAACAGGCGUUGCACAUUUAUUUUCAGCUAUUAAGGAUAACGGGUACCAAUUCCUUUAUCUUAGUGCUCGUGCAAUUGCUCAAGCCUAUAUUACUAGACAGUUCCUAGUUAACCUUAAGCAGGAUGGGAAGGCGUUACCAGAUGGUCCUGUUGUUAUAUCCCCUGAUGGACUUUUUCCUUCUCUAUUUCGUGAAGUGAUUAGAAGAGCUCCCCAUGAAUUCAAGAUCGCAUGCCUUGAGGAAAUCAGGGCAUUGUUUCCUUCUGAUUGCAAUCCAUUCUAUGCUGGUUUUGGUAAUAGAGAUACUGAUGAGAUUAGCUACCUUAAGGUUGGAAUCCCGAGGGGAAAGAUCUUCAUUAUUAAUCCCAGGGGUGAGGUUGCUGUGAACCGCCUUGUUGACACCAGAUCGUAUACUUCUCUUCAUGAUCUUGUGCAUGGCAUGUUUCCUGUCAUGACAUCGUGUGAGCAGGAGGAUUAUAAUUCAUGGAAUUUCUGGAAAUUGCCACCUCCUGAUAUUGGUAUUUGAGGGCAUCAGCUGGAAUAUUUUGCUUCAUCCUCUGAAACCAGAGACCAAUGGGUUUUGACCAGGAUUAACUGGAACUAUUCAGAUUCACGAGUCAAGACCAACGGCACAAGUUUAAUCACACCACCAUUUUGCUGACUGGUUGGCUGAUCUAUUUUUGGCCUAAAAAGGACUGUAGAAGAUUUGCACAAAAAGUUAAAUUCAUUAUGUCUAUAUCUUUCUUCAUAAACAGUUAAAUGUAUAAAUACAAUAUUGUAUAGAGCUUACAUUUAGUCCCAUGAGUGUAAGCAUUGUUCACGGGAAGUAGGCAUGCCUUGGAAACACUAAUGUACAAUUCUGAUUUUGAAAUGCAUUAUCGCUGUCAUUGAUACUGAGUUACCCAGUUCAGUUUCUGAUGUAAAAUUUGUAAUGCUUGUGGUGCACAUACAAUAAGCUUCCUUUUGUUAUUUUUA